AUGUCAUCGCAGAACCUGAUCCGUCCCGGUCUGACGACACCUUUCACCGGACAUCUGACACAAAUAAAAUUGCGAUUGCGAAAGAAAGUGCCCAGACUCACCGCAAACGAUGUCCGGCGUGAAAGAAUUCCCUACUACGAGGCCAUCGCCAGCGAGCUGUACGAGGAAGGGUAUGUCAACGCGGCCUUCCUGGUGCUACAUCUGAUCGAGUACGAGGACCAGUACGUCCGACCGACAUCAGACCCUUCGGUUGAGGACCGGCGUCUGCGACACUCACGCCCAUUGCUGGAUUUUUUCCGCGACUCGCUAGCAACGGCCGAAGCGAACAAGCAGCUGGAAAGGUUCGACAGUGAAUUGAGUGAGCUGCUGACGAUUGCGAGGAAACUGGUACGGGAUUCCGAAAAACAUUGGUUGGCGCAGCAGUUCUUCCUGAUCGCACUGGAUCGUUGUAUUGAUUGCUGCCCGGUGGGGCGUGUUAAGUGGGAUGCAUUGGUGCGGUACUACUAUGCGGGGUUUCUCAUCAAACAGCGGAACCAUCUGGAGGCGAUGAAAAUGCUGGAACACGCAACGACGUCUUUGGAAAAGGAGAAUAUGGAGGAAACGUUGACAACUUUGGAUGAGAACGGCGAAAGGUUGAUCGUCGCCAUCAACACUCUACUGUUUGACGUCAACCGGCAGCUUGCGGAAGACUGCAAAACGGCUUCAGCGUGGAUACAGGAACAGUACAUCCGUGACGCUCAUACGGCAGCAUUGAAAACUUCAAAACCGUCCAUCAUGGCGGAAGCGCUUUUUGCCUAUGGAAGGUUCCUAUUCUCGAAGGGCCAGUACCGGGAAGCGCUGGAAAAGUACAACCAGGCGUUCCAACAGGCUGAACUGGACGGAAAAAAAGAGGAACUCCUUUGCUCCGUAACUCUUGCCCGGGCAGCGACCUACCAUCGGCUUAAGCAACCGAUGAAGUGUGAAGCAAUGUUUCAGCUCGUCGAUCGGCGGACACGAAGCGAGCAGGUGCCGGUUCCGUCGCUAUGUCGAGCGAACUACUACUACACGGCGGCCACCCUGGAGCUGGAGGAUGACCCAAACGAGCCGGAGCGGAUCGAAUGGCUAGCGGACCGGUUGCGUCAGGCGGCGAACACUUUUCGGCACUUCGGCCAGGAAGAUAAGACCGUCGCGGGCCGCUGCCUCGAGGCGCUGGUGCGCGGGGAGAGGACUUUUGGCGUAUACGCGACCGAGCUGCUGCCAGCCGCCGCCAGCACUUCCGACGACGCACUCUUUCGAGUGAUCGAUUGGGUUGGCUUUUAG